AUGCCAGCGCCAUAUCGGACGCUGAGAGAAUUCCUUAGGGAUGGAUUGAUCAUCCUCCGCAAUGGCGUCGACGCCGAAUGCCCCAUCUGCUCUGACCAUCUUGGUUCGGGCGCCUCCGUUAAUGGAACCAGCGACAUCGUCGCGCAACAUAUCGACAGCCCAUGUGGCGCACAUUACCAUGUCGGGUGUCUGCUCAACUGGUUGGCAUUACACAAUCCAGAGAGAUUACUUAGCAUUGACGGCGAGGGGAUGACAUGGGAUCCAGCAGUCCCCAAGAAAUGUCCAACAUGCCGCACUAGCCUUUUGGCGAGAGUUCAGUCGAUGUUCGACGUCUCCGAUGCGAGAGCAUUCCACUUAGGGCUUCUUGGUCCAGUGCAAAACAAUGUGACAGCAUUCCCAGUCACAUUGCCUUCACGGCCACCGCAAACAGGACCUCCGGCACCUACUGUCGAGUCCGAGAACGCAUCCUCCUUUUUCAGCGGCGGUCCCUCGCCCGACAAUGGUGCAUCGCACCGCAACCCACCCCCCAGCCCUUUGGGCGGCUUGGCCCGUGACGAACCCAUUCGUCUCCGCCACACCCCUCGAGUCAAUAUUGGCGCGACGCGUCGCAACCAAUCUUCGAGUCCUCUGGACGCACCAGCCGAGAACAACGACGGCGAACUCCCCUCUCCUUCGCUUGGUUCACUUGCCGACGACUUACGGCGAUAUGGGCUUCCCACCCGCAGCACUCGUCAAUGGGCCGAUGAAGACUCUGACGACGAACUGGAGAUGCUCCGUACUACUACCGCUCUGUCUAGUCGACGAAAUGGUCUGCCGACUUACUUAGUUGCUGACUCUGCGACCGUUGAGUCUGUCAAUGACGCUAGCGACCGUGGUCUCCGUCUUGGUGGCUCAGCUCGCGGGCCCUUCAUUGGCUCUAGCUAUAUCCGUGGUUAUUCGAAUAACCUUGACCGUGGCCGUGGCCGUGGACGUGGACGUGGACCGUAUCACGCCCAUGCCGGCGACAACCGUGGCCGUAGCAGUGGCCGAGGUCGCGGGCGUGGACAACCUCCUGGUCGUCCCAGCUCGCCGCCAGCACGGCCGACGCUAGUACGACCGAUGCCUCGACCAGCACCAUCUGCUGCUGGGCCAGGUUCUGGAGAAAUCCGCCCGUCUCCUUCUUUGACACAAGACGGAUCGCCAACCCCGGUACAUCGCCGUACACCGUCGCCGCCGAGCGAUGCUUCUGGGGAUGACAUCGCGUCCCUCAUACUUGACGCGCGCAUUGCCUCUGGUAGGGCGUACAGCGCUGUUCUCGCUGUUCUGGAUCAUCCGCAGAGUUUGGUGGGCGAAUUGCCAGAAGACUUUUAUGUUACGCAAGAUUAUCUGCUUGCCAGCGGAACUAUGGCGGAUACAUCCGCCUUAGUGUGGGGUCAAUCCCCUGCCGAAGUGCAACGCGUGCUGGGAUCCGCGAAUGCGUUGGAUGCAGUGACUGAGGCGCGUGAGAUUACGCAUACACUCCUAGAACGGUCAAGAAACGUGUUUCGGAACGAGGAUGCGGCCGAUAGGUCGAGGCGAGACGCUGAGCUUGCCUGGUUCCGUCUCCGUGUUGGUGCGGCUGAUGACGCUCGAAACAGGUAUGAAGAUGAACGCUGCCGCAUUCGCUCCAAUGCUCGUCGCGAGCGAAACACGCCUAGGGACUCUGUCCGGCCGCACACUCGUCAUGAGCGAACGAGGUCUCGAGAUGACCGCCACGAUGAUGCUCGUCGUCAUCGGGACAGGUCCAACGACUCUGUCCGUUACCGUCGCGAGCGAAGCUCAUCUAGGGACUCUGUCCGCCAUAAUGCUCGUCGCGGGCGAAGCUCAUCUAGGGACUAUGCCCGCCAUAAUGCUCGUCGCGGGCGAAGCUCAUCUAGGGACUAUGCCCGCCAUAAUGCUCGUCGCGAGCGAAGCUCAUCUAGAGACUAUGCCCGCCAUGAUGCUCGUCGCGAGCGAACGUAUCAGGACGACCGCUACGGUUAUGCUCGUCGUGAGCGGAGGAGGUCUCGGGAUGACCGCUAUAAUGGUGGUCGUCGCUUUGGAAAUGAGCGCAGCGAUGGCUAUACUAGCCGCAACGAUUACGGUCGUGAUGGCCGUCGUGGCUAG